UGGUUGAUGAUGUUUGGCGCCAUUUGUAGGGAAAAGGAGCAGGUUUAGUUUUGUGGUUUACAGUAAAUUAUUUGCGUUUGUUCCAAAUUUUUUUUAUUAUUUUGCUCCCUUAGGAGUGUUUUCACUUCAGUGAGUGUUUGUUUGCGGUUAUUUACGCGCGUGUCAUGUGUAUUUCGGUAACAGUGGAGUAUGUAAGUCAUUGUAUUUGAGGAUUAGUGAGCUAGUCAGAGUCAUAACCAAGUUUUGGCUAGUUGUUUGUUUUUUGUCCUUUUUUCCCUCAUAUUUAUUAGUUAUUAGACACCGGUUUGCUGAUAUGGGUUUGUGUUAACUUCACCUGCACUUUUGGAGACGUGAACAAUGAAUUAUUUUGGCUUGAGUACAAAGGAAGAAGACUAAACUAUAACUUGGAGAUACUACAGAAAUGGCUGGAGUUGUUGCCAUGGCAGCUGUUAUUGAAGAUUUUGAGGCUAACCAGCCAUGCAAGAACUUGAGAAAAGAUGAUGAUCCACCAGCAUCAUCAUCAUCAAAGACCAUCACAAACUACUUCCUGCCUUUACCCAAGCCUGUGGACAAACCUUUCUCUCUGCCCCGAUCAAACAGCAUCGCUGACUACUUUCGGAAAACGUCACCCGCCCAGGAAAAGACUACCUCUUCACGACAGUUCAGUCCUUUACAAUCAAAAGAGCUUCAGCUGGCUACCUGUGAGGAAGUCUCUCUUAGGACGAGGAGAACGCCAAGGCAAAAACGGACCAGGAAAGCCAAGGAAAAACAUAAGUUACAGGAGGAGGAACUGGAUUUGCUCACUAAUGACUGUAUAUUAGAAAGCCCUGAUGAAUCAAUAAUUAAGGAAGGAGGCAGUAUGUCUUUGCUUGGUAGCGAUACUGCAGCUCUACUGUCCCAAAUAAACAGUGAAAUCUGCUUAGAUGAAGAACCUUUAAGAAGCAAGAAUACAACAGACAUCAGUGUAGGUGACAGAAAAGCAAAAGGAGGCUUGGAAAAUCGUAAAAGUAAGAAUUUAUCUACUCAAAGCCAGAAGAAGGAGGAGGAGGAGGAUUUCAAUAACGUUAAUGCAUCGUCUCAAGAAGACAAGCGGAGAAUUAAAAAGUCUGGCGUGAGGAGAAAUAGAAAAGCUAACAGCAGCAGCCAGCAGAGUGAAACAUGCAACACUGAACAUGUGCAGUCUGUGCAUGAUGCCAGUAUGGAUGUCAACGUGGAUGAAACUUCAGUGUUGCACUGCAGCACCAUUACUGUGUCUUUCGAAGAAUUUUUACAGAGCCAGAUGCAAAGUGAGGACGAGGUGGCUGCUGAUGCUAAAUCAGACACUUGUGCUGCUGAACGCGCCGAAGCGAAUUCUUGCAUGGAUGGAAGUGAUCUGGUAGCUGCUGUGUCACCAAGAACCCUUACAGUCCAAGCUGAAGUUCAUCCCAUCUCCCCUGAUUAUGAGUCAGUCAAGGGGCCUCCGUUAAAAAUGGCUUCAAUUUUCACGAGGAGUAAAAAGGAGCGCAAAUUAAAGGAUGGCGAAAAGUUGUCCUCUGAUAACCCACAGGUAAACACAGACGUUCUGCCUGAACUUAAGAGGAGAUCUAACGUUGUACUUCACGAAGAAGAUCUGGAGCUUGAUGUGGUUGAAUCCAGCUUGACUCCUAAAUGCACCCAAGAAGAAAGGAAACAGUUUAUGAAUGCGUUCAAGCAGCCUAGUCUGGAUGGUUCUAAAAGUAAACCCACCAAGGGUCUGUGUAAAUCAAAGGCAAGUAAAGAAAAUGGCUCUGAAACAGCGGAACCUGAACCGAAAGCUGAUGAGAGCGAUCCUGACCUCACUACGCCAGAAAAGAGUACGAAGCAAAAAAAGACGAAGGGUGUUGGGAAGAAAAGAGGUAGGAAGCCAGAUCAAGCUGAAGAAGUAGUACCAGUUUCUCCAAAGCAAGAUGAACUUCUAACAUCGACGGAGGUGGAAAACAAGACUGGGUCUAUUGAUGACAGAAGCAGGCAAAGAGUCAAGGAGCUUAGGAGGUCUACCAGAGAUCAGACACGCAGACAGGCAGCUUCUGUGCCUGAAAGAAAUCCCUCCCUUCGUAAGACAAGAAGCUGCAAGAAGGCAGAAACAUCUGCAGUGUUCCAGGAUGAUGUAGCUCAGACUUCUACUCCAAAGUCUCACAGUGACAAAAAGAGUGUUUACAGGUCUGAGAUGCUGUCUCCACUCAACAAACGAGGAAGAGCUAUCAGAAUGCGAUUCACCCGGGUGUUUCCUCCUCCUCCUGCCACCAAAACUGGAGAGUUUGGAAUAUUAAGUCCUCUUUCAGUGCUGGAAUCAGAUUCACUGAAGAAAAGGAAUCAGGCUAAAAAGUUGGUCCAGAAAGCCAAAGCACUUCAGAACAGUAAACAGACCGGUGCAGGGGAGAAGGCCGGUGUUAGACGCUCCGCGAGGCGCAAAGAAUCCAUCCAAAUAAAUUACUGUGAAGAUGAGGACUCUGUUGUGUUCGUGGAAGAUGGUCUAAGCAACCCUGCACCUGCGACUCAAAGUAGCAACAGUCUCAAAAAACUUCGAAGCCUAAAUGAUGUUUUAGGCAAAACUCUACCUCCAAGUAAGGCUUCGAAGAAUACUCCAGCUUCUAAACGCACCCCCAUGCUUGUGGAAAGAAAAACCCAGAGACCUUCAGCAAUCAUCUCAAUACUUGAUGACAGCAGCCGUGAGGGUUCCGAGAACUCCCAAGAUGACGAGCAGUUCCAGGCAAAGAGGGAGUUUCUGAAAAGUGGCUUACCUGAGUCUUUUAAAAAGCAAAUUGCCAAGAAGGCAGCUAACAGAGAGGCGUACACUCAGGCCUGCACUUCAUUCCAGUCUGUGUUUCACGUCCAGCAGAGAUCCAUGGAUUGCACUAUGUGGACUCUACCCUGGCCUGAAAAUCCUUUCCUGAGUUGCCUGAAGGAGUGUUACCAUAUACCAUCAACCAGUCUUGGGUCGUUGGAGGACUAUACAGGCCACAUCACUGUUCCUGCUCAGAGAAUCUGCAGAGAAGAGGUCUCUGGGAGGCAAGAAAAUUUUACGGAGCCUGUUAGAGUGCGAUUGUUAGAAGAAAUUGGUGCAUCCAAUCCCUCUUUCCCUGUCCAGAGAAUUUUUACUCGAUUCCUAAAGAGACACAAAGACACUUUACAGGCUGCCAUUGCAGAACCUGAAUGUGGGUCUAAAACAGCUCCCCCUGUGGGUUUCACUGAGUCCAUUGGAGGAAAGCGUAAGCGUGGAGAUGAGGGAGAGAGAGCAGGCAAGCUAGCCAAGAAACAGAAGCCUGUUCUUAAAGAGACGCAGACCAUAAUUAUUUUGGACAGCCCAGAUUCUGCAAGUGGAGGAACACCAGAGGCUACUGACUCUGUGGCUCGCAGCACAGGCCGGAAGAGGCGAUCACUGAGAAACAAGCAGGGGGCAGACGAGGAGCCCAAACCCACAGAAGACAAGAAGCAGUGUGACUCUGUUAUUAUACUUGACACUCCUCCACCUUCAGAAACCUGUGCCAAAGAUUGUGUUUCUGAGGAUGCACCCUGGACUGAGAAGUACCAGCCACAGCAUUCUAGUGACAUCAUUGGAAACACAGCUUCUGUUAAGAAGUUGCACAGUUGGUUGAAGGAAUGGAAACUCAGGGCUGACCGUGAAGAGAGAAGGAAGCAGCAAGAGAAAAAGCAAGAGGAUGACAGUAAUGAUUCAUGGUUAAGAGGUGACUGUAGCGAGGAGCUGGAGGAUCCAGAGGACUUGCUUUGUAACACACUUCUCAUCACAGGCCCCACUGGAGUAGGCAAAACUGCCGCCGUGUAUGCCUGUGCUCAGGAGCUUGGCUUCAAGGUGUUUGAGGUAAAUUGUUCUUCUCAGCGUAGUGGGCGUCAGAUCAUGUCUCAGUUGAAAGAGGCCACCCAAUCUCAUCAGGUGGACAUCCAAGGGGUCAACACCCAUAAGCCCACUUACUUCAACAGUUACAAUCGCAAUAGUCUUUCCCCCAAACCUGGCUCUUCACCUCAGAAGGUGAACUCUCCAAGACGAGUUCUGUCAUCACCCAGGAAACCACUGCAGUCUCCUCGAAGUGCUACAUCAAGGAGAGGAAGCUUGGCACCAAAAUCAUUGGCCAGUUUCUUCAAAAUAGGUGGAAAACCUCCAGGCAAAGAUGAUAUGAAUCAAGAUAAAAAGGCCCAAACAAGCUGUCCUAAGACAUCUAGCAAAGUCACUCAAGAGACUAAAGCAUCAUCUGAAGAGCAAAGCAAGAGAACUGCCACUUCCCUCAUCUUGUUUGAAGAAGUUGACGUCAUAUUUGAUGACGAUUAUGGAUUCUUGACUGCAGUUAAAACCUUUAUGAUGACCACAAAAAGACCCGUCAUCCUUACAACCAGUGAUCCGACAUUCAGUGCAAUGUUUGAUGGCUCCUUUGAUGAAAUCCAUUUCAAGUCUCCUCCUUUGGUGGAUGUGGCAAGCUACCUGCAGCUGCUGUGUCUCGUGGAAAACGUGAGGACAGACACACAGGACUUGUCCUGUUUGCUGCAUUGGAAUGGGUGUGACAUCCGGCAGAGCCUCCUGCACCUGCAGUUCUGGACCCGCAGUGGAGGAGGACACCAGGUGCUACGUCCGAUCUUACAGUCAGGAGCAUCUGAGUGUGAGAUCAAGAAAGAGGCUGCUGAAGGGGAAAGUGUUGCUUGUGGUGGGACGCUAACUCUAGCCAGUGUACCACCCUGUCAUGUUGGUUGCACAGAGUCUUUGUUGGGCUUUCUCAACAACCAGCAAGAAAAAGGAGUAGAGGAUUUGUUAAAGGGUGAACCUUCAGCUGUGGACAGGAAGAGAUGCUUGGCUCUUCUCUCAGAAGCUGAAAGGAGAGGUGUGAAUUUGCUUUACUCAAACCUGGAAGUGUUGCUGCCUCUGCCCAUUCGUCUGUUGCCAGACCCCAUUAAUAGACAGCGACUGUCAUCGAACGCAGAACCACAGACUGGACUCAGCAACUUGGCAGAGCAGGAAGAGCAUUCUGAUGGCAUGAGCCCUCUCAAAGUGUCCUCUAGAAUGAGGCAGAAAAAGCAGCUGUGUAUAGACAGUAAAAGUGCUCUUCAGUCAGACUCCGAGUCAUCAGAAGAUGGAUUUCUGUCCCUACCUAAGCUCAGUUCUGACACAAAACCAGCACAGGAUGAGGUUAGUCCAGAUCCACCAGCAUCCAAAGCUGUGAGGAUGAGACUUGAGUUGUCUGAAGCUGAGAGGAAAAAGAGUCAGUGUGUGUCACAGUGCCUGAGCUCUUUCGCUGAGUAUUUGGACCAAAUGUCAUUCCUGGACUCCUCUCUGUACGACAAGCCUCCUCAAACAGAGGGAGCGUGCAGACCACAGAACUUCACCGGGGCAGGAGCAGAGGUCAAGUGUGGAAUGACUGAUGAUGCUCGUCUGGAUUGUGGAGGUCAUGUGAGUGGGUUUGACUCAGAAGAAAUCCGAGCUGUGUUAGGGAGUCUGAGUUUUUACAAGUGUAAGGCCGGGAUCUCUGAAGCCUGGAAUAAAGUCCAGGAGUUUGAGGAGCUGAUGAGGACGGAGACUGUGGAAGAGCUCACCCUUCCUGUAGCCUCACACAGGCAGAGAUUUGUCCUCUCUCACAGCAAACUACUUGAACCCAGGGUGAUGGAGAUGAGGAGGGAGGUGUUGAACACGGUUCUUAACAGCCGAUCGUUCAGCACACAGGGGAACAGAGCAGCGGCGACCGUGGACUACCUGCCUGCUCUGCGCACCAUCUGUAGAUCAGAAAGGCUGAAGGAGCAGGGCAAGGUCAAACGCAGGUUCAUGCACUACCUUGCUGUUAUACACCUUGAUCUGCCUAAAAGCACUCUUCAGCACCUGGCCUCAGACUUUCCUUGAAAUGUUUGAUCGCACUGUGCUGUGGCAGCUGGUUAAUAUACAUCUGUACAGUAAUAUUAUGUACCCUAAUAGCAUGUGAGGUUUUAUGUUUAUGGAUUUUCUAUUUGAUUCUCUCUCUUUAAGUCUGAUUCUGUGUGGAGAGCAUAAUGUUUUGUACUUUUAUUAUGUAGUAUAUUUUAUAAAUUUGUCAGAAAACAUGUUUCCAUCAAAAAAUGUAUAUAACACUGAAAACUGUUCUUGGAGAUCUCGAGUGGCUAAAUGACGACUCUGGUAGUUCAGUGCCUUGGUCACUAACUUCAGGGUUUUAUAAUGGGCACUAAAAUUCAAAUCACUGUAUCUCAGUUGUUGUCCAAUACAAUUUAACGGCCCUUGAUUAGUAUUAAUAUUCACGAAUAUGACUAUUUAAUGUCUCAAUGUAAUGAAAUAAUAAA